CUAAAAAUUUUCUCAAUCUAAACACCCCUUAAUAAAAACUUUUCUCAGAGAUGUACUAACCUCAUUCCAUAGCAGUCUGCAUCUGUGGUGUGGCCACCUCUCCCUUCUCGCUAUCCCUCAAUAGUCAACACACACCUCUCCCUCUCUUGUUCCUGUCUGUCCAUCUCAAUGCACACGCAUUUACUACAGCAGCGGCGUGUACAUACACAGCGAAUACACACGACAGACAGAACAGAACAAGCAGAGGAAGGAAGGAGGCUGAGCACGCCGCAGAGUGUUAAUGGCUCCAUGCUACUACUUCCCCUAGUCAGAGAAGAAAGAGGACCCGAGGCGAGGAGCAGCAAGAAGAAGGAAAGCCGGCCACCAUCAGCAGCUGCAGCUGCGGGAGGGGAAGGGCGUCGCUGACACCCACCCCACCCACCCAACCAGCUAGAGGUAGCAAGGCAUCCAUCAAUGGAGGUGGAGACACCGCCUCCACGGCCUGCACCUGCGGCAGGUGUACGGGGGCUGAAAUGCCGUGGCGGUGGCGGUGGCGCGGAGCCGGCUAUGGGGACGCCCAGAGCCGCGGAGACCCCGCAUCGGGGCCAAGAACCGGGCGAGGAGGACGGUAAGGGGGAGGAGGCGGUGCUGCGGCGUGGGCUCGCGGCGGCCCGGGCGCGGCGGAGGGCGGGGCCGGUCACGCCGUCCCCGUCGUGGAAGCUGGAGGCGUCGCCGCCGCGGCCGGAGGAGCCGGUGGCGGAAUCAGCGGCGGGGGCGGCGGCGGGGAGGAGGAGCUCGGCCGCGGCCUCCGCGCGGCAGCUGGGCGCCACGCUGUGGGAGAUCCAGGACGUCAUCAAGGUCGCCGGCGCUGGGCGGCGGAUCCGGCGCCGUGGGCGGAGGGGCGUCGCCGGCGCCCGCGACGACGAGGCGGAUCGGCCACAGAGUUCAUGUGGUGGUGGUGGUGAGCAUCUUUCAACAUCAUUGAUGGAACAUGACAAAUUACAUGGAGAGAGAUGUCAUGCAAGGCAGUCUCUUUCACCUGCAAGCUACACAAGUUCAAUUGGGGCUGCUACCAUAAACCUUGUCAGUCCUACUCGGUCACUGGACUGCAGGACUAGAUUUAGGGAAGCAGGUUGCCAACUUAAAACAUCAACAGAACUAUUAAAAGUUCUAAAUCGGAUUUGGAGCUUGGAAGAACAGCAUGCGGCUGAUGUGUUAGCAAUGAAGGGAUUGAAGUCAGAGUUGCAACAUGCUCAUGUAAAAGUUCAAGAGCUUAUGCAAGAAAGGCAGAGGCAUCACUACGAAAUCGAUUCGCUGGUCAGGCAAGUAUCUGAAGACAAAAUGGCACGGAAAAGCAAGGAUCAAGAGAAGGUCAAAGCAGCACUUCGCUCACUGCAAGAGGAACUUGAAGACGAGAGACAUCUGAGAAAACAUUCGGAGAGUCUCCACAGGAAGCUAAAAAAAGAACUGUCUGAGAUGAAAUCAGCAUUUCUCAAGACUGUGAGGGACCUGGAGAAACAGAAGAAAACAACCCACCUGCUAGAAAAUCUCUGUGAUGAAUUUGCAUUAGGAAUCAGAAACUAUGAAGAAGAAGUCAGGGUGUUAAAACAAAAGCAUGUAAAGCAAUAUGAACACAAGUUUGAUAAGUCAGUAGUUCAUAUUUCAGAGGCAUGGCUUGAUGAGCGAAUGCAGAUGCAAAAUGCUGAUCCCAGGGAAGCUUUGGCAGAAAGAAUCUCAAUCACCGAGAGGCUUAACAGUGAAAUCCAGACUUUUCUUAAUGCCAGUAGGUCAAGUAAAGGUGAUAAAUUAUACAUCAGAAAUGAAAAGCAAGAUGCAAGCUUGUGCCGGCAGUCCCUUGAGUCUGUCCAUUUAAAUGGAGCCACUAGUGCUCCUCAGUUAGCUGAAGAUGAUGAUGACAACUCCAUAGCGAGUGACCUGCAUUGCUUUGAACUGAGCAUGCAUGGUAACACCAUUCAGAAUCAUGAUCUUGCAGGAACUCGACACAAGGUCACAGGCUGCAUGUAUUCACCAAUGAGAAGGCUGGAAUUUUCCAAUGGCGUAUGCAUUGAAGGAUCAAGAAUCUCAAUCACAUCACCUUGUUCAAAGAAAGAGAAGAUAAGACCUAAUGGCACUAGAGAACAAGUUAUUGCUUCAACACCAGAAAUUAGCCCAUGUAAUGAUGCCAAAAAUGCUCCAAGAGGUGUGCAAGACGAAACGGUCAUGACUCAAGUUUCCCAAAGAUUGCAUGAUGACCUGUUGAAGAUCAAGUCAGAGGCUCCUCAACAUGCGUAUCUCGGGCAAAAAUCCAAUGAUCAUCAAACCAAGACAGCCCAACUCCGCAAUGAUCAGUGUACUGCUUCAGGAAAUGUGUAUGAUCUGCGCAGUCCAGUUCAUCAUCUGAAUAACCAACGAUCAUCGCUGGAUCAUGAAAUAUCCGAAGCCUCACCAGCGCAUCCACUGGAGGCGAAGGGAAGCACCACCCUGAAGGCAAAACUUCUGCAAGCAAGGCUGGAGGGGCAGCACGCCCGAAUGAGAGCGUCAGGAUACACCCUAACCAGCACAAGAAGGAAAUGAGAAGAGAGCUGGGUGACACUGAGAUUUGAUCAUUCUGUUUCAUGCAACAUGGAGUUGCAACUGUUAACUGUAAGAGAUCUGAAUGGAGCUGGUGACACUGAGCUUUGAUCAUCCUGUUUCAUGCAACAUGGAGUUGCAACUGUUAACUGCAAGAGAUCUGACUUCUUACUAGCUAUGGCACAUAUCACUUGCAACAUUUUAGGCGUUCAUGUAACUAUCUCAUUGCAGAAUUAUGUGAAUUCUAGCGGCAACAUUUUCCUCUUGUAGAUUGUGUUUUAUAUGUGGACCGUCCUGCUAGAAUUGGAUCUAGAAAUGGAUUUCGGCAAUGAUGUUGUAAUUUCUGUACAGUAUGAAUGUGUAGCUAUGUUCCCUUUUGCCAUUGUCACUCAAAAAUAAUACUUCGUUCAGCCCAAAAUAUAACUUCUAAUAUU